AGCGGCGCAGAUUGUAGUUUAUAGUUGAUUGGCAAUGAAAACAAUUCGAGCUGUUACUUCUUCAUCGUCUACGUCGUUGUUCAUUUCUCGACUGCGAAUUCAAAACCCUAGAGCUUCGUCUGCAAUUCCGAAUUCUCAGUCUCCGGACUCCAUGUCGAUUUCCGCAAAAAUUCCUCACUCCCCCUUCUUCCACCAUUCUACAGCUCCGGUAUUGGCGAAGAUCCCGCAUUCAAUUCCCGUUUCCCACAAAUUAUUCUUCAAGAGCAUCACAAUCGAGAGAGUAUCCACUAGAGAUCCUAUCCGCUCCGCCUCUUCUUCACCCUCGUCAUCAUCAUCUUCUGUUUCUCUGCAGCCGAUCGAGGAGCUCCCGCCGAAGUUACAGGAGAUCGUCAGGCUAUUCCAUGGAGUCCAGGAGCCGAAGGCGAAGUACGAGCAGCUGUUGUUUUAUGGUAGGAAUUUGAAGCCUUUGGAUUCGAAGUAUAAAACGAGUGGAAACAAGGUUCAAGGUUGCGUUUCUCAGGUUUGGGUUAGGGCAUAUUUGGAUAGCGAUAGAAAUGUGGUUUUUGAAGCGGAUUCUGAUUCGGUGCUGACUAAAGGGCUUGCUGCUUUGCUUGUUCAAGGACUUUCGGGGCGGCCGGUGGAGGAGAUUGUUAGGGUAUCUCCUGAUUUUGCGGUGCUCCUUGGGUUGCAGCAGAGCUUGACUCCUUCUAGGAAUAAUGGAUUUCUGAACAUGUUGAAGCUGAUGCAGAAGAAAGCUUUGCAAUUGUAUAUUGAAUAUCAGAACGCCGGUGAUUCCAGCAAUGAAAGUUCUGGCAGAAGCUCUGUAGAAAAUUCAGAGGGAGUGUUGAAUGACAGUGGUGAAAAUGGUGGAGUGGUGGCUAUGGAAACUGGUGAUGAUCUGAAGGGGUUAGGUAAUGGGAGUGCAUUGGGCAGUAGAGGAAGGAGAAUUAAGGAAAAGCUUGAAAAGGAACUGAGGGCUGUAAAAGUAGAAGUUGAGGAUAUUUCCUAUCAGCAUGCUGGGCAUGCUGGUGUUAGGGGGAGUGAUGGAGAGACACAUUUCAAUGUGAGAGUGGUUUCGGGAGAAUUUGAGGGGAAGAGUUUGGUUAAGAGGCAUAGAUUGAUUUAUAGCAUGUUGCAAGAUGAAUUGGAUAGUGGAUUGCAUGCUUUGUCGAUUGAGGCAAAAACGCCAUCGGAAGUUGAAUCUGGGUGAAGUUUACUGUGGUUAAGGUUUUGUUUUGCUUGUUGUUUGGACAUAUACACGUAUUUAAAUUUAGUGAUGCUAGUUGUAUCAAUAAUGAUUUUCUGAAUAUAACAAAAACAGGAAAGUUGUGUUAUUGAUACUGAUCAUGCACACAUUUAAUAAGUGUAUUAGAUGGUGUUUGGUGCUCUUAUUUCAUAUGUUCCUUAAUGUCAUAUUUUUUAAUUUCCUGGG